AAUUUUUUGCAAUUUCUAGCGCAUUGCAAAAUCCAAAAAGUUCCAACGACUAGCUAAACUUCGCUCAUCAACCCAUCAGUAAUCGCAUUUGCUCUCUUCAACUGUUUGAAAUAGAGUUUGAAUUUUGUUAUGAGCAUUAAGGUUUUGUUAUUAGUGGUCAUUAUUCUUGCUUAUCAAUGCUGCAUUGGAGCUUGGAAAUUUUGGAAAAGAAGUCCAGCAACGGAUGCAGAUAUUGGGCCGGAUGGCCUCACAUAUCAACAGAGGAAAAAAGUACUGAACGCCCACAACAGGUGGCGAAAUGGGCUCAAGUGGAGGGACCGGAACAGGGAGAACUUCAGUGGAUACCCAGUGGGCAUGAACAAACUAGAAUGGAUUGAACAGCUGGCACUCACCGCCAAACAGGUUGCGAGUGCGUGCAUGAAGAGCCACUUGCCCGACAGGGGGACUCUCUUUGCACAAGUGGAGGAGGAAAAAGGAGCGGUAGGGGAGAAUCUGGCAUUCGCAAGUGGCUUCCAGGGUGUGAACAUGCGUGUGGAAGGGAUAGUGCUGAAGUGGUACAGGGAGAUCAAACAGUACAGCUGGCGACAACACACGUGUAGUCCUUCAUGGGCGUGUCUUCAUCUAACCCAAAUGCUAUGGGCGGACACUAAGUACAUAGGCUGUGCACAGGAGAAGUGUGUGAGUACCUGGAAGAAAAAGGGGAAGACACGCAUUUGGACCAACUUUGUCUGCCACUACAACAUAGCUGGAAAUUGGUGGGGAGAGACGCCGUUUGAUACCAUCCAGACAUACGAUCCGCAUAGAAUGUGUCCAGAAGAAGGAACCAGGCUUGAUGACGAAUAUGAAAACUUGUGCGUAGAGAAAUAGAGAUGAAUUGAAAUCAGUUUCAAGUUGUUUUUGUUUCUGUAUGACUGUAUGUAGACCAUGUUGCAGCUUGACAUUAAUGAUUAGAAACUUUAUCUGUUCU